UGUUCAGGGCGGGCAUCGUAAACUCUUCUCUAACCAAUAUUCGUGACGCUUUACACCAAGACAAAUUACUAAUUUCAAAAUGUCGGCGAUAAAAUCACAACAUUUUGUUUUGUUAUGUGUAAAAAGUUAAAUGAGAGUUGAUUAAAUGUACUUUAUUGAAAUAAAAUAUGGACGAAGGUGUCCCAGAAAGAAUAACAGAGGAGUUGUUUGAAAUUUUUUGUUACAUGCGUAACACGUUUGAAGGAAUUGUAGCAUGCAACAACCCCAACGUUUGGAACGUAUUUGGAGGACUAAACCGAGCAAAAAAGGCAACAUUUAAUGUCUUGACUCAUGAAUUACGAUCCAGUAAUAUUCAGCCAUACGAAGUUGAUCUUGUUCAGAAACUUUGCAAAAAGUUGUUAGAAUUAUAUCCAUGUGGUGAUUUGGGAAAUAAUACAGAUGAGUCAUUCGAAGAACUUUUAUCAGGAUGGAUUGAACAACGUCUGCUUGACCAUAGCUUGUUUGAUUGUAUUAACUGUGCAUUCCUUCAAAAGCCUGAGGAGACUUUACUUCAGUUAUACAAAGAAUUUUCGUUCAUAAAGAAUGAAAUACUUGUAAAAGCACUGCUGUGCUGCCUGGAUGCUUUACAGCAGAAUGCGAUUGAACGUCUUUCACAUGUCAAUCCUAUUUUGAUGAACAAGUCAAUGUUUAUGGCUAAAAUCACACCAUGGGUUGUUGAGAAAAUGAUGGAAGAGUAUAGAAUUGAUAGCACUCCUCCAGAAGUGAAACAAACCGUUUGGCCAUCAACCUUGCAAGCGCCCCCUUCCAGCAGUUCAUACUGUGACCAGUGUGGGGGAGAUGCAUCAAAUUCUUCAGAUUUUUGUUUAGAUUGUGCAAAAUUAAACAUGGAAAGAAGACUAAGCAGUAAAUCAUUUUCUAGAGAAGUCCAUGAAAACACAUUUUCUUGUGUCCCAGAAACCAGCAACGAAAACUUAACAUGGUAUGAUGAAGAUGACGGCUUUGAUAAAUCUGAUAAAAUUGAUGACCUAAGAAAUAGACUUCAACGUAUGAAAGAAAUCAGUCGUAGUGAAAGUAGUCUGUUUCACGAACCUUGUCAAACUGAUACAAAGGAAGUCCAUAGUGACCUAGACCAUGCAGAUGAACAAGAAGAUACACUCUCCAUCGAUGAAGCAAACAGUGAAACUGCUUCUGUUGUUAAUAUGGCCCUACCAAGGUCUUCUUCAAUUAUACUAAAAAAGAAAGGACAUCAUCGAUCUAAAUCCGAUCAAAUAGGUGUUCAUACUCUCGUCACGAAUAUGGAAGAUGAGAAUGAUGAUUCUUCAAUUCAGAUUGCUUCAUCUUUGCCAAAAGAAGUAACGCAGCAAGGUUCCUGCAGCUAUUAUUAUCACAGUGAAGAUGGUCAAAUGUUUCCCAAACCAUACAAAGGUCAAUCAUUAAUCAGUUAUUUAGAUUCAAGAAGUUACGAUACCGGUGCACAGCUUGAUAAGGAAAAUGCACAUUUUAGUAUCUGUGAAGCCCUAAUCACAGCUAUUGAACAGAUGAGAUGCCAGAAUAAGAAUAAUGAUGAAGAAAAUUAUGAGCAAAGUGAUGAAGAAGUUCUAAGAUCGUCACAAAAAAUGAUACGGCAAAGAAAUGACAUGUCAGCAUUUAGUGAUCCCAGUGAUGAAAAAUCGUCUUCUGUGAAAACGUCAUCAACUUUGAGUUCUUCGUAUGGAAGCUCUUCUACAGAUGAUACUGAUAAUGAAGAAGCCAAGAAACUCACAAUUAGUGCAAGCUGGGAAAAUGUCUCUCUUGCUUCCAGCAAAACUUUGUCACCUGAAGUUGAGAAGAAGCCAAUUGCAGAGAAAGUUUGCGUGAUACAAGCCAGUGAAGUUCCACCUGACGAUUUCUCUGCAGAAACUGUCGCGAAGAGUCUUCUCCAGAAAUUUGAUUUGUCGUCAAUACCUGCAGCUUCAGAACUGAAGUGGAUGGUGACAGAAGAAGUUCCUCAAACACUUCUGCCAUUACCCUUGGAACUACUGCACCCAGAUUUGCAUGACGGAGGUAAAUAUCGCGUGCAAGAAGGAUUAAGAAAAAUAUCCAUGCCGAGUCUAAUACGUGGCAACAUGGAAUGGGCACCACCAAGACCUCAAAUUAUAUUUUCUCCACACCCAUUCGUAAAACGAAAGGUUAUGCUUCAAAAGCAACAUUUCAGAUGUGCUGGAUGUGGGUUAAAAGUUACCCCUAGUUUAUCCAAAAGAUUUCGCUUUUGUGAAUAUGUUGGCAAAUAUUUCUGCACGAGUUGUCAUCAAAACAAGCAAGCAUUAAUUCCGUCCAAAAUUCUUACGAGGUGGGAUUUUAAAAAAUAUCCGGUGUCUGACUUCGCGAAAGAAUUGCUCAAAAAGAUACACAGUGACCCGUUGUUUAACGUGCUUGAUGUGUCGCCAAGUCUCUACGACAACGUCAGACAGCUUAAUGUUGUCAAGUGUCUACGGCUUCAAUUACACCAUGUAAAGAACUUUUUAAGAUCAUGUAGACAUGCUGACGGAAGACGAGAAGAUUUGAUGGUACUUCCUGACCAUUUAGCCGAUGAUCCGCACGCGUUUGCAUUGGACGACCUCGUUCAGGUGAAGUCAGGAGAAAUGCAAGCCGCUUUAAAGGUCAUUGUUCAAAACGGAAUUACACAUAUUAAGGCGUGUCCGUUAUGUUCAGCAAAAGGCUUUGUGUGUGAGUUUUGUCGAGAUGGUGAAGAUAUCUUAUAUCCUUUCGAUCUUCAAAAAGUAUAUAUUUGUCAGGAUUGCAAAACUUGUUAUCACCACGCUUGUUUUGUUCACGACAAAUGUGCUCGUUGUGUUAGGAUAAAAGCUAGGAAGGAAAUGCUUCUGCAAGAAAUUCACUCUGAUGUUACUGACACCACGGAUAGCUGAUAUAAUUUCAAGUAAAUCUUAUCUUAAUGGAACAUAUUUUGGCGGAAAGAAAAUUUGGCGAAAUAGUCAAAAAUCUACCAAAUUAAAUAUCCGCCAAAACGAAUUUUGUUGCUGUCUGGUUUGGAAAGUAAAAACAACUUGAAUAGUUUUUAGAAGAAAGGCAAGAUUAUAUUAUUUUUUUCGCGCUAAUUUUUCCCCGCCAAAAUGCCAUUUCAACACUGUGAAUAUGUUCGUCCACACUUGUUUUCAGUUAAUAUUUUGACGCAUGUUGACGCAUCGAAAUUUGGGUAUUUUGCCCAAAUUCUGUUUGUCUCGAUUAAAGUAAAAUAUUUCAAAAUUUAUUUGUGUAUUUGUAUUAAUUAUUUUGAUCCUAAUCAAAUAUUUUGACUAGGAUAUUUUCCGAUUUUUGAUAUACGGCGAAACCUUCUUAUAGCAGACAUCCUUUAAAGCCGACACUUUUCUACAGCUAAUGCUGUUUCUCAGUAACAGGGUAUAUGACAUCAAACUCCCACAAGACCUCUAUGUAGCGGGCAGCUUAUAGCAGACACCUUUUUAGCGGAGGUCGUUUUAAGGCCCAAUUUAUACUACCCCCUAAAACUGACCUCUAUAGCUUACAUGCUCCAAUUAGUCAUAUCAAUCAAUUCUUGUAAAAGUUUGUUGAUAUUUUACUUAAGGUCCUGAUGAUGUCUGCCAUAGGGAGGUUUCACCGUAUACCUUUUUUUGUAAGACUUUUAUAAGCAAUAUUCGUUUGAAAUCUUUGACAUUUUAAGCAGGUGAUGAGCAACAGCCUUAGCAUUAGUUUUCGAAAAUUAUAUCUAGUUUGUGGGAGGAAAUCUAGUUUUUGCGUGCAGCAAACGUGAGCAAAUUUUUUGCGGAUGAAUAUUUUUUCCCAAAACUUGGAUGCUUGAAAUUUUGUAAUUUUAGUGAAAGUAAAACAGAUUUUUUGAUUCACAUGAAAUCAGAGUGGAAUGAUUUUUUUGCGAAUUAUUUGUUCCCUUACUAAAUUUCGCUUCUCGGUAAAACACUCACGGUUUUCACUUUCAACGUUUAGAUAAUUAAAUUUUAUAGAGUAAAAUAUUUUUAAGAUUAUAUUGUAAAUAUAAGAACUCAGUUGUUAAUUCAACAAAAAGAUUUUGUG